UCCCCGCCGUGCGCCGCUCAGCGAGUGCGGAAGUGACUGUAAACUUCACAGUGCGGGUGAAAGGGUUCCGCCUUACAUUCAUCCUGUAGCCGACACUUCUAGCAUUUCUCCGUUGUUUAGUAAGGCAUCUUUGGCUGUGAGACAACAGGAAUGGCUGGGAGAUUACCGGCGUGUGUUGUGGACUGCGGUACAGGAUAUACUAAACUGGGAUAUGCAGGAAACACGGAACCUCAGUUCAUCGUACCAUCAUGCAUUGCCAUCAAAGAGUCGGCGAAGGUGGGAGACCAGGCCCAGAGAAGGAUGAUGAAAGGCGUGGAUGACCUCGACUUCUUCAUCGGAGACGAGGCUAUCGACAAGCCCACCUACGCGACCAAGUGGCCCAUCAGGCACGGUAUCGUAGAGGAUUGGGAUCUAAUGGAAAGGUUCAUGGAACAGGUCAUCUUUAAGUAUCUGAGGGCGGAGCCUGAGGACCACUACUUCCUGCUGACUGAGCCUCCUCUAAACACACCUGAGAACCGAGAAUACACUGCAGAGAUCAUGUUUGAGUCCUUUAAUGUGCCGGGACUUUAUAUUGCCGUGCAGGCUGUCUUGGCUCUAGCAGCAUCCUGGACCUCUCGGCAGGUUGGAGAGAGGACCCUGACCGGUACAGUCAUUGACAGUGGAGAUGGAGUCACUCAUGUCAUCCCUGUGGCAGAAGGCUAUGUGAUUGGCAGCUGCAUAAAGCACAUCCCCAUUGCAGGCCGUGACAUUACCUACUUCACACAGCAACUGUUGAGAGAGAGAGAGGUGGGAAUUCCACCUGAGCAGUCCCUCGAGACUGCUAAAGCUGUCAAGGAGCGCUUCAGUUACGUGUGUCCUGACCUGGUGAAGGAGUUUAAUAAGUACGACACAGACGGCUCGAAAUGGAUAAAGCAGUACACCGGCAUUAAUGCCAUCAGCAAGAAAGAGUUUACCAUCGAUGUGGGAUACGAGCGCUUCCUUGGCCCAGAGAUCUUCUUCCACCCUGAGUUUGCCAAUCCGGACUUCACUCAGCCAAUCUCAGAAGUGGUUGAUGAGGUUAUCCAGAACUGUCCCAUUGAUGUGCGUCGUCCUCUCUAUAAGAACAUUGUUCUGUCAGGAGGCUCUACCAUGUUCCGUGAUUUCGGCCGGCGCCUGCAGAGGGACCUGAAGAGAACCGUGGAUGCUCGUCUCAAACUGAGUGAAGAACUCAGCGGUGGCAAAUUGAAGCCCAAACCUAUUGAUGUGCAGGUCAUCACUCACCACAUGCAGCGCUACGCUGUGUGGUUCGGAGGAUCCAUGCUGGCCUCAACACCUGAGUUCUACCAGGUGUGUCACACCAAGAAGGAUUAUGAGGAAAUCGGCCCCAGCAUCUGUCGCCACAACCCUGUGUUUGGUGUCAUGUCCUAAAGAGUCCACAGACCUACACACACAUGCAUACACAUAUACACAAAGGGAUUGGGGUUGGGGUGGUCAGGGCUGGGGAGAACAAAGAGCAGGCCACUGGAGAGAGAGCUCAUUUCGGUUAACACCAAACCUGUCUGCUGGAUCCAGAUGAUGAAUGUUGUGUUUGUUCGUUCGUUCGUUUGUUCAUGUUGUUCCCAGUAUAAGGGAAAAUGCGAUUACUAGACCAAAAUGACUCCAGCUCUUCUCUGCCUCUGCUCAGUAAUCUGUGGGUGUCUAAUAAAAAAAAAAAUCCCCCGUUGAGUAAAAAUGUGAGUAAACAAUAAUAUCGACAUUCAUUAUGGUAGUGGUGCAGAAGACUGCUGGUGUUAUUCAUGUUUAAAGUAAAAAGCGACUCAAGCGAUUUAUACCUAAAUAAAUUGACCAUGCAAGUCUUCUCCCCCUGUUCCCAAGUUGCAUCACACUCGAGGUGCUUCAUGUCCUUUAACAGGCAAAGCAGGGGGGAAACUCAGACCAGAUUAAAAAAAAAAAAAAAAAAAGACUGUUCCACAGCUUUGAUUCUUCUUGCGCUUUCAUCAAUUUAAAAAAUAUAUAUUUCUUUUUUUCUUGCAUUUUCAUCAAAUUAGUUUUAAAUAUGUGACUGCUUUUACCUCCAAUCAUAUCAUAUAUUUACAUUUUCCUCCCUAACAGGACGGAAAUGCGUUUAUCAAUAAUAAUAGGAUUAUAAUGAGCUUGAACAGGAAUGACUAUCGGACCAGUAUUGCUAACCUAGUGGACUUUUAUAUUUCAUUGAACACCAAAUUACAGCAGGUUUGGAUUUGUAAAUGCGAUGCCUAAAACAUUCCAAUAAAGGCUUAAAAAUGUUUCUACAAA